CUAUAAGAUUUUAAAUCAAAAGAUCUCAAGAAAAAAACAAUAUAAUUUUACCUCACAAAAUUCUUACAUCAAGAAAAACAAAUAAUACUUUCAUACACUAAUUUUUUAAUAAAAAAAAGAUAAACGAAUAUGAUGGAGAACUAUCAAAUUCUUUUCUUUACCGACUAAGCUAACACGAUUACAAUACCAAAUGAUCCAAAAUUUUCAAUUUUAAUCAGAUGUUUUUCUCGUUUUCUUUCUUACCCUAUCAUGUAUCCCAAAAAGACCAACUAUGGUUACUUCAUCAAAGGGAAUCAUCAGCAUGGUGAUCAAAGAUUCAAUCUUUGAUCACUGGGUUUUUAGGCGCAAACACCGCCCUAUUUAAGAUGUCAACACUUCAGUAAAGCAUCGCGCAGCGACGGCAAUCCGCGAACUGUUCCUGUAGUACAAGUGGGACGAAGCCGGUGCCCGCAUCGUCAAACAAGUCUGCUGCCUAUCGAGCCAAUUCCUUCCGCCUGUCUUCGCCUGGUAAUCCAUCCCCCGGGGUUCCAACUGUGGUUGAAAGGAGGUUGCUUCUGCCCCUUUGAGGAACUCUUGGCCUCCUGCUGCAAUCGCAAGGCGUGGAGAUGGCGUAACAUCGGUCCCUGUUUCCUUAAAUAGCUAUCUGUUGUUUCUUGGAUUUCAUCAUUUGCCAUGGCUUUUAAGCAACAUGCCCAACUUCCUGAAGCGUUAAGUGCAAACUUGGAGGCUCCAAAUCCCAAGGAUGAGCCACAUGCAAGCAGAGAAGAUGAUCUCCGCCAACCAACAGAAUCACAUUUACCUCAUGUUGCUAUUGCACAUAAGCCCACCACAGAAUCCCCUCUUCAUAGGCAUGGGUAUCAACCAAAUUCCAGUGAACAUAGAAGGGCCGGUAGAACAAGUGGUGAAUCUGACAAUAGCAUGGAGCGCUCUCCACUUCACCCCCAUUAUCAUGUGAAAGCUGCAACUAGAGGUGGUGUAUCUUCCAAGGGUUCAUCAGUGAGUAGCCAUGCACUUGCUUCAAAUGUUGCAGGUAGAUCGAGAACGAGGACUGGUGGUCGAGGUGAUGAAACUCCUGAUAAAGGGUCAUCUGUGCCAAAGUUUGGUGAGUGGGAUGAAAGUAAUCCUUCAUCAGCUGAUGGUUUCACUGGCAUAUUUAACAAAGUGAGGGAGGAAAAAAAGAGUGGAUCAGCAAAAGCUACCAUGAUAACAAAUGAUACAAUCUAUCUAUGUUAAUGACCAAGAUGGUAGUGGUGGGUCCUUGAGCUGUUGCUUUGGCUGGUGCAAAAAAUAACUAGUAUUACAAGAAGAUUCAGAGCUUCGAUCCUGUAAAUAUCCUCAAAUAAGAGUCAUGAUAUUUGCAUCUGUUUGGAACUGCAUGUUCCUCUGUGCUAGCGUGUGUAAGUACCGUAUUGCAUCGAUGAACAUGUUCUUUUCAAUUUGUUGAAUCUUCUAUUUCUUGUUGCAAUACUGUAAACGAGCAUAUUUUAUCUUCUUCUGGUGUGAUUUAAAUGUCUUGUAUUGUAAAAUGCCUCAAAAACAUUUUCUUUA